CAACCUUCCAUAAACUAACUCAACAUCUCUCUUUCUCUCUCUCUCUCUCUACCCGAAGAUGAGAACCCAUGUGGGAUACAAGCUUUUACCAUCAAUCCUUAUCAUACUUUCUUCAAUCUUCCUCCAUGGAUGCUCCCAAUCUGACACCAACGAUGCUGCAGUUAUGUUAUCACUCAAGAAGUCCCUCAACCCGCCACCAACUCUAAGAUGGUCCGACCCGGACCCAUGCAAAUGGGACCAUGUAGUCUGCUCUGAUGAGAAACGGGUAACACGUAUCCAAAUCGGCCAUCAAAACCUUCAAGGUACACUCCCUGAAAGCCUCUCAAAUCUCACCCAACUUGAGCGGUUGGAGCUCCAAUGGAACAACAUCUCGGGUCCUUUACCCACCUUAAACGGGUUAAGCUCUUUACAAGUUUUGAUGCUUAGCAACAACAUGUUUUCUUCAAUCCCUCCUGAUUUCUUCACUGCUAUGUCUUCUUUACAAUCUGUUGAAAUCGAUAACAACCCGUUUUCAAGUUGGGUCAUACCCGAAAGCCUCAGAAAUGCUUCAACACUGCAGAAUUUCUCUGCUGUUUCUGCUAACAUCACUGGUACAAUACCCCAUUUUUUUGGCCCGGAUGAUUUUCCGGGUCUUGUUAAUUUGCAUUUGGCUUUAAACAACUUGGAAGGUGAACUACCCAUGAGUUUAUCAGGUUCACAACUUGAAUCUUUGUGGGUAAAUGGGCAAAAACUUAGUGGAAAGAUUGAUGUUAUACAGAAUAUGACAUUCUUGAAAGAAAUCUGGUUGCAUAUGAAUUCGUUUUCGGGUCCAUUGCCCGAUUUUUCGGGUUUGAAAGAUUUGGAGGUUUUGAGUCUUAGGGAUAAUUCAUUUACAGGUCCUGUUCCUGUGUCUUUGAUGAAUCUUGAAUCGUUGAAAUCCGUUAACUUAACUAAUAAUAAGCUUCAGGGACCGAUGCCUAAGUUUAAAGAUUCGGUUUCGGUAGAUAUGGCGAAGGAUUCUAAUAACUUUUGUUUGCCGGAGCCUGGUGACUGCGAUCCUCGAGUGAAUACGUUGCUAUCGAUUGCGAAAUCGAUGGAUUAUUCCCCCAAAUUGGCUAAUAAUUGGAAAGGGAAUGAUCCAUGUGCAGAUUGGUUUGGGAUCACUUGUAACAAUGGCAACAUUACCAUUGUUAAUCUGCAGAAAAUGGAGCUCACGGGCACGAUUUCGCCUGACUUUUCUGCUUUGAAAUCGCUUCAAAGGCUCGUUCUUGCCAACAACAAUCUCACGGGUACGAUCCCGGAGGAGCUUACUACUCUUCCUGGUCUUACUGAAUUGGAUCUUGCGAAUAACAAUCUUUAUGGCAAAGUACCAGUUUUUAAGAACAAUUUGAUUGUGAAAACGGAUGGGAAUCCGGAUAUCGGGAAGGACAAGAGCAGUUCUAGCGACACAAAUUCUCCCGAUCAUCCAGGCCUGACGAAUUCAAAUGGGGUUUCUCUAAGCGGUAAAAAGAAGGCGAAAAAUUGGCUCGGGGUUGUGGUGUUUUCGGUUCUUGGAGGCAUUCUUGUUGUUUUCUUGAUCGGUAUCUUGGCAUUCUGUCUUUACAAGAAGAAGCAAAAGAAGUUUAGUAGAGUGCAAAGCCCUCACGCCAUCGUGAUUCAUCCCCGUAACUCGGGAUCUGAUAACGAGAGUGUAAAGAUCACGGUCGCUGGCUCGAGCGUCAGCGUUGGUGCACUCAGCGAGACCCAUACGAUCCCGACGACCGAAGGAAACAACAUCCAGAUGGUGGAGGCGGGCAAUAUGGUCAUUUCAAUCCAAGUCCUGAAAACCGUCACCAACAAUUUCAGCCAAUCGAAUGUAUUAGGGCAAGGAGGGUUCGGGACCGUCUACAAAGGGGAAUUACAUGAUGGGACCAAGAUAGCCGUUAAGCGAAUGGAAUGUGGUGUGAUUAUAGGAAAAGGGUUAUCUGAGUUUAAGUCCGAGAUUGCGGUUUUAACCAAAGUUCGACAUAGAAAUCUUGUGGCACUUCUUGGGUAUUGUCUUGAUGGAAACGAGAAGCUUCUUGUUUACGAAUAUAUGCCUCAAGGAACGUUGAGCCAACAUCUCUUUAAUUGGCCCGAGGAAGGGUUGAAACCGUUGGAAUGGACCCGACGGUUAGCCAUCGCGUUGGAUGUGGCUCGGGGUGUCGAGUAUCUUCAUGGUUUGGCACAUCAAAGUUUCAUUCAUAGGGAUUUGAAACCUUCCAACAUUCUGCUCGGUGAUGAUAUGAGAGCGAAAGUCGGAGAUUUCGGCCUCGUUCGUCUUGCUCCCGAAGGCAAAGGCUCCGUUGAGACGAGAAUUGCGGGGACGUUCGGUUAUCUCGCACCCGAAUAUGCAAUUACGGGGCGUGUGACCACAAAAGUCGACGUGUUCAGUUUCGGGGUGAUAUUGAUGGAACUCAUCACGGGUCGAAAAGCACUUGACGAGAGCCAGCCCGAGGAAAGCAUGCACCUCGUAACAUGGUUCAGAAGAAUACAUCUCAACAAGGACACCUUCCGCAAGUCCAUUGAUCAAACCCUGGACCUAACCGAAGAAAACCUAGCGAGCAUCAGCAAGGCGGCUGAGCUCGCGGGCCACUGUUGUGCCCGAGAGCCUUACCAGAGGCCUGACAUGAGUCACGCGGUCAAUGUUCUGUCUUCUCUAGUUGAAAUGUGGAGACCAUCCGACCAAAGUUCGGAGGAUAUUUACGGAAUUGACCUUGACUUGUCGCUGCCACAGGCCCUUAAGAAAUGGCAAGCGUUCGAAGGCGGAAAUCAAAGUCACACGACGGAUGAUUCGUCUUCUUCGUUCCUUCCGAGGUUGGACAACACGCAGACAAGCAUACCGAACCGGCCAUACGGAUUUGCGGAAUCGUUUACAUCGUUGGAUGGAAGAUGAGGGAAAGGGCAAAUUGGUAAAUUUGAGGGAGAUUAAUUUUGGAGGGUGAUAAUAUGGUUUGGUGUUAGGGUGAUUGUUGUAAAGUAAAUGUAAGUGAUUAAAGAACUUGUGAUUUAUGGUUUGUAGGUGUUGAUGAUAUUUAGAGUGAUUUUAUUUGUAAACUUUGGAAAUUGUGUUUUUAUU